UACAGCUAUCAAAGGACCAUAUAUAUGUAUGUAUGUACAUAAUACUUUCAGCUUUAUUAAUCCCAUUGCAAGAAACAAAAAAUUUCUAGCUUGCUGCUGCUUAGUAGUAAAUUAUGUCUCAUUAUUCUGCUGGCUCUCAAGAGAGUGACUAUGGCGACCCGACCAAUUUUGAGCUCUCAGAAUUCUUGAUGUUCGAUGAGUGGAUAGAGGAUGCUAAUGAUCAAUCAUCUCUUCUUUCUGGCUCUAUCCAGAAUCCGGUUUAUCGAGCACAUGUUGUCGGCGAGUCAGGUGGAGCGAUAAGCCCUUAUGGUGAGCACAGCAACGCAGGAGAGGGAAGAGAAGGCAGCAGGGAGAAGAAGGGUGUUAAAGAAAGGGUGGCAUUCAAGACAAAAUCAGAAAUUGAGAUACUGGAUGAUGGGUUCAAAUGGAGGAAGUAUGGCAAGAAGAUGGUCAAGAAUAGCCCAAAUCCAAGGAACUAUUAUCGGUGUUCGGUUGAAGGCUGCCCUGUCAAGAAGAGAGUAGAAAGAGAUAAAGAUGAUUUAAGAUUCGUAAUAACUACCUACGAAGGCAUCCACAAUCAUCCAAGCUCCUGUUAAUCCUCAAGUUUUAUUAUUAAUUGCUGCUUUCAUUAUGCGGAGUUUCAGGCUAGCUUGCGCAGUCGCACUUUUUAACCAUAUAUAUGUAAUUAGCCUAAGGACGAUUUACAGAUUAAGAAAUAUGGAAUUAUCUUUGUGAGACUAUGAAGUAGACCUUAAUGAAUACGGUAUAAUGAGUCUACUCAUCGUCGUCCCACUUCUUCCCUUUCUUUAAGCUAGCAUUUGGGACAAUCCAGGUACGAAUAGAGCUGUGAAAAUCAAAGCAAAUAAUUAAUAGUUUAGCAGCUCUAUCGGAGAUAAUUAUUAUCAACUUUAUAUUUAGUUGCUAAA